CGAUGAAAUAAAUGCGCCAUUAUCAAUACCAUGGCGUCGUAUAUAUAACUGUGAUCUGUGGAAAGAAAUUCAUGAGCCCCAUGCCUUGGACAUCAGAGGCUCUCAUUGUUGGCCAUAUAGACAAUGACCGAAGACUCCGAUUCGAUAUCUGAGGAAGAACGUAGUUUGUUCCGUCCUUUCACUCGUGAAUCAUUACAAGCUAUUGAAGCACGUAUUGCAGAUGAAGAAGCCAAACAGCGAGAAUUGGAAAGAAAGCGAGCCGAGGGGGAGGUAAAUACUAGUGAUUUUGGUCGGAAGAAAAAGAAAAAAGAAAUACGCUACGAUGACGAGGAUGAGGAUGAAGGUCCCCAACCGGACCCUACACUUGAACAGGGUGUACCUGUCCCAGUUCGAAUGCAGGGCAGCUUCCCUCCGGAGUUGGCCUCCACGCCUCUCGAGGAUAUUGACGGUUUUUAUUCGAAUCAAAGGACAUUCGUAGUGAUUAGUAAAGGAAAAGACAUUUUUCGUUUCUCCGCCACCAACGCAUUAUACGUACUUGAUCCGUUUAACCCUAUACGUCGCGUAGCUAUUUAUAUUUUAGUACAUCCACUGUUUUCACUUUUUAUAAUAACGACCAUUCUUGUUAAUUGUAUAUUGAUGAUUAUGCCUACCACGCCGACAGUCGAAUCUACCGAGGUGAUAUUCACCGGCAUCUACACGUUCGAAUCAGCUGUAAAAGUGAUGGCGCGAGGUUUCAUAUUACAACCGUUUACUUAUCUUAGAGAUGCAUGGAAUUGGUUGGACUUCGUAGUAAUAGCAUUAGCAUAUGUAACUAUGGGUAUAGAUCUGGGUAAUCUCGCUGCGUUGAGAACAUUCAGGGUAUUACGAGCUCUCAAAACAGUAGCCAUCGUUCCGGGUUUAAAAACCAUCGUCGGAGCUGUCAUAGAAUCCGUAAAGAAUCUCAGAGAUGUGAUAAUUUUAACAAUGUUUUCGUUAUCCGUGUUUGCUUUAAUGGGUCUACAAAUCUACAUGGGCGUGCUAACACAAAAAUGCAUAAAAGAGUUCCCAAUGGAUGGUUCAUGGGGUAAUCUCACACAUGAAAGCUGGGAGCUGUUCAACAGCAAUGACACGAAUUGGUUCUAUUCCGAAAGCGGCGACAUUCCACUUUGUGGUAACUCAUCUGGAGCUGGGCAAUGUGAUGAAGGUUACAUUUGUUUACAAGGUUACGGCAAAAAUCCAAAUUACGGGUAUACAAGUUUUGAUACAUUCGGAUGGGCAUUCUUGUCUGCCUUUCGUCUAAUGACUCAAGAUUAUUGGGAGAAUUUAUAUCAACUGGUGUUACGAUCAGCUGGACCGUGGCACAUGCUCUUCUUCAUUGUGAUUAUCUUCUUGGGUUCGUUUUACCUUGUAAAUUUAAUCUUGGCCAUCGUUGCCAUGUCGUACGACGAACUCCAGAAGAAGGCCGAAGAGGAAGAGGCCGCCGAGGAAGAAGCACUUCGGGAAGCAGAAGAAGCUGCAGCAGCGAAGGCAGCUAAGCUGGAAGCACAACAAGCAGCUGCAGCAGCGGCGGCCAAUCCAGAGAUCGCUAAAAGCCCAUCGGAUUUCUCUUGUCACAGCUAUGAGUUGUUCGUUGGACAGGAGAAGGGCAACGACGAUAACAAUAAGGAGAAGAUGUCCAUCAGAAGCGAAGGAUUGGAGUCGGUGAGCGAAAUCACAAGAACAACCGCACCAACAGCUACUGCAGCUGGCACUGCAAAAGCCCGUAAAGUGAGCGCGGCUUCACUUUCAUUACCCGGUUCACCAUUUAAUCUUCGUAGAGGAUCUAGAGGAUCACAUCAGUUCACGAUACGUAACGGUAGAGGACGUUUCGUUGGUGUACCUGGUAGCGAUAGAAAACCAUUGGUACUCUCAACAUAUCUCGAUGCACAAGAACACUUGCCAUACGCCGAUGAUUCGAACGCGGUGACACCGAUGUCAGAGGAAAAUGGUGCAAUCAUCGUUCCAGUAUACUAUGCUAAUUUAGGUUCAAGGCAUUCGUCGUAUACUUCACACCAAUCGCGUAUUUCCUACACAUCUCAUGGGGAUCUGCUCGGUGGCAUGACGAAAGAGAGUCGCUUGCGUAAUCGAUCUGCGCGUAAUACUAACCAUUCAAUUGUGCCCCCUCCGAACGCUACUACUCUAUCUUACGCCGAUACCAACCACAAAGGACAGCGAGAUUUUGACAUGACACAGGACUGUACUGACGAUGCUGGCAAAAUAAAACACAACGACAAUCCUUUCAUAGAACCUGCUCAAACCCAAACCGUGGUAGAUAUGAAAGACGUGAUGGUGUUGAACGACAUUAUUGAGCAAGCUGCUGGUCGGCACAGUAGAGCUAGUGAUCACGGAGUCUCUGUUUAUUACUUCCCCACAGAGGAUGACGACGAGGACGGCCCAACGUUCAAGGAUAAGGCGCUCGAGUUCCUGAUGAAGAUGAUUGACAUUUUCUGCGUCUGGGACUGUUGUUGGGUUUGGCUUAAAUUUCAGGAAGGUGUUGCUUUUAUUGUGUUCGACCCAUUUGUGGAGCUGUUCAUUACGCUCUGCAUUGUAGUAAAUACGUUGUUCAUGGCGUUAGAUCAUCAUGAUAUGGAUCCAGAUAUGGAAAAGGCUCUGAAAAGUGGCAACUAUUUCUUCACAGCAACAUUCGCCAUCGAAGCAACAAUGAAGCUUAUUGCCAUGAGCCCCAAAUACUACUUUCAAGAGGGUUGGAAUAUCUUCGAUUUUAUUAUAGUAGCACUGUCCCUACUAGAGUUGGGGCUUGAGGGUGUUCAAGGAUUGUCAGUAUUACGCUCAUUCCGUUUGCUUCGAGUCUUUAAGCUCGCCAAAUCGUGGCCAACGCUGAAUUUACUCAUUUCCAUCAUGGGCAGAACGAUGGGAGCGUUAGGUAAUCUGACGUUCGUGCUCUGCAUUAUCAUCUUCAUCUUUGCCGUGAUGGGAAUGCAGCUGUUCGGAAAGAACUAUGUCGAUAAUGUGGAUAGGUUCCCGGACCAUGAUCUGCCAAGAUGGAAUUUUACAGAUUUUAUGCAUUCCUUCAUGAUUGUGUUCCGUGUGCUGUGCGGUGAAUGGAUCGAAUCCAUGUGGGAUUGUAUGCUUGUUGGCGAUGUGUCAUGCAUACCAUUUUUCCUGGCUACAGUAGUGAUAGGAAAUUUAGUCGUUCUUAACCUUUUCUUAGCCUUGCUUUUGUCAAAUUUCGGUUCUUCAUCCCUGUCUGCACCAACGGCAGACAACGAGACCAACAAGAUCGCUGAAGCAUUUAACAGAAUAUCGCGCUUUUCCAACUGGAUCAAGGCGAACAUAGCGAAUGCGCUCAAGUUUGUUAAAAACAAACUAACAAGUCAAAUAGCAUCCGUGCAACCUACAGAACAUGGCGAAAAUGAGCUGGAACUUACUCCAGAUGACAUACUGGCUGAUGGGCUGCUGAAGAAAGGAAUCAAGGAGCACAACCAACUCGAAGUGGCGAUUGGCGAUGGCAUGGAAUUUACCAUUCACGGUGAUCUGAAGAACAAAGCAAAGAAGAAUAAACAGAUCAUGAACAACUCAAAGGACGAUGAUACUGCCAGUAUCAAAUCUUAUGGCAGUCACAAAAAUCGCCCAUUCAAGGACGAAAGCCACAAAGGUAGCGCCGAAACGAUGGAGGGCGAAGAAAAACGUGAUGCCAGCAAGGAGGAUCUAGGAAUUGACGAAGAGCUAGACGACGAAGGCGAAGGCGAGGAAGGUCCGCUGGAUGGCGAGCUUAUUAUUCACGCCGAAGAAGAUGAAGUUAUCGAAGAUUCGCCGGCUGACUGCUGCCCGGAUAAUUGCUAUAAAAAAUUCCCGGUGCUCGCUGGAGACGAUGAUGCUCCGUUCUGGCAGGGCUGGGGAAACCUGCGCCUCAAAACAUUCCAGCUGAUUGAGAACAAGUACUUCGAGACUGCUGUAAUUACUAUGAUUUUGCUUAGUAGCUUAGCCUUGGCACUUGAAGAUGUGCAUCUUCCACAGCGCCCUAUUCUUCAAGAUAUCCUUUAUUAUAUGGACCGAAUAUUCACAGUGAUAUUUUUUUUAGAGAUGUUAAUCAAAUGGUUAGCUUUAGGUUUUAAAGUAUACUUUACGAAUGCUUGGUGUUGGCUUGAUUUUAUUAUCGUGAUGCUAUCGCUGAUAAACCUUGCCGCUAUCUGGGUGGGAGCGGCCGAUAUUCCAGCGUUCCGUUCGAUGCGUACACUGCGCGCCUUACGCCCGCUUCGGGCUGUAUCACGUUGGGAGGGUAUGAGAGUCGUCGUGAAUGCAUUGGUUCAAGCUAUACCGUCCAUCUUCAACGUGCUGCUGGUUUGUUUGAUAUUCUGGCUGAUAUUUGCUAUUAUGGGAGUGCAAUUAUUUGCUGGAAAAUACUUCAAGUGUGUGGAUAAAAAUAAAACAACAUUACCUCACGAAAUAAUUCCGGACGUAAAUGCGUGCAAAGCCGAAAACUACACAUGGGAAAAUUCACCGAUGAACUUCGAUCACGUCGGUAAAGCGUAUCUGUGUCUUUUCCAAGUAGCGACAUUUAAGGGAUGGAUACAAAUCAUGAACGAUGCCAUUGAUUCGCGUGAUGUUGGCAAACAGCCCAUACGGGAAACAAACAUCUACAUGUAUCUAUACUUUGUGUUCUUCAUUAUCUUUGGAUCGUUCUUCACGUUGAAUCUAUUCAUCGGUGUGAUUAUUGAUAACUUCAACGAGCAGAAAAAGAAAGCUGGAGGAUCACUGGAAAUGUUCAUGACGGAAGAUCAGAAAAAGUACUACAAUGCUAUGAAAAAGAUGGGAUCGAAGAAACCUCUUAAGGCAAUCCCACGACCAAGGUGGCGUCCGCAAGCAAUAGUGUUCGAAAUAGUAACGAAUAAGAAGUUUGACAUGAUCAUCAUGUUGUUCAUCGGCUUCAACAUGUUAACCAUGACGCUGGAUCACUACAAACAAUCAGAAACGUUUAGCGCGGUACUAGACUACUUGAAUAUGAUAUUCAUCUGCAUUUUCAGCAGUGAAUGUUUGAUGAAGAUUUUCGCUCUACGUUACCAUUACUUUAUCGAGCCGUGGAAUCUUUUUGAUUUCGUUGUGGUCAUUCUUUCGAUUUUAGGUCUUGUGUUGAGUGAUCUUAUUGAAAAAUACUUUGUAUCUCCAACGCUUCUGCGAGUCGUGCGAGUUGCAAAAGUGGGCCGUGUAUUGCGUUUGGUAAAAGGUGCCAAGGGUAUACGGACGUUGCUGUUUGCGUUAGCUAUGUCGCUGCCUGCACUGUUUAACAUCUGCCUCUUGCUCUUUUUGGUGAUGUUCAUCUUUGCCAUUUUUGGGAUGUCAUUCUUCAUGCAUGUCAAGGAUAAGAGUGGCUUGGAUGAUGUGUACAACUUUAAAACCUUCGGCCAGAGCAUGAUCUUGCUGUUUCAGAUGUCUACUUCGGCCGGGUGGGAUGGUGUGCUAGAUGGUAUUAUCAACGAAGAGGACUGUCUACCGCCGGACAAUGAUAAAGGCUACCCGGGAAAUUGUGGUUCAUCAACGAUCGGCAUCACGUACCUAUUGGCGUAUCUAGUAAUAAGUUUUCUUAUCGUCAUCAACAUGUACAUUGCUGUUAUUCUCGAAAACUAUUCCCAAGCAACGGAAGACGUACAGGAGGGCUUAACGGACGACGACUACGAUAUGUACUACGAAAUAUGGCAGCAGUUUGAUCCGGAUGGUACCCAAUAUGUACGGUACGAUCAGCUGUCCGACUUUCUGGACGUGCUGGAACCGCCCCUGCAGAUACACAAACCGAAUCGUUAUAAAAUUAUUUCGAUGGAUAUUCCUAUAUGCCGAGGCGACAUGAUGUUCUGUGUCGACAUCCUGGACGCAUUAACGAAAGACUUUUUCGCUCGGAAAGGAAAUCCUAUCGAAGAGACGGCAGAGCUCGGCGAGGUACAGCAGCGUCCGGACGAAGUCGGUUACGAACCAGUGUCGUCUACGCUCUGGAGACAACGCGAGGAGUACUGCGCCCGUCUGAUACAACACGCAUGGAAACGCUAUAAGCAGCGUCACGGCGGUGGAACCGACGGUUCCGGAGAUGAUCUUGAAAUAGAUGCCUGUGAUAACGGAAAUGAUGGUGGCAACGGCAAUGAUAAUGAUGGUAGCGGCGGAGCUGCAGUAGGUAGUGGAGACAAUGGUAGCCAAAACGCUGGUGGCAGCAUAGGCGGCGGCGGUGGCACCCCCGGUAGUGGUAAAAGUAAAGGAAUUCUCAGCGGUUCUCAGACGAACAUAGGUGUAGUGGAUCAUAGUCUAUCAUCAAAGGAAUCACCGGAUAGUAACGGCGAUCCUCAAGGCCGUCAGACGGCCGUUCUGGUGGAGAGUGACGGGUUCGUGACGAAAAACGGUCACCGCGUCGUCAUACAUUCACGAUCUCCCAGCAUAACAUCGCGAACGGCGGAUGUCUGA